AUGAUUGGUAUCCAAUUAAGAAAAAUGGUUCUACUUAGCUUGAUCUUAAGUAUUUCAAUCGUACCAAUGAUGUGUAAAUUUGUAGAGGAUGCAGAAGAUAUCCAAGGGUUCACGAGGUUUAGUAGAUCGCGUACUGAGCUUGAAGAGGAUACUGACAGCUCGCGCAAUGAGCGUGCGUUGUGCGCCUACCAAGCCUGCUCCCCUGGAAAGCACGCUACAUGUAAAGCUGUCGGAUGCGGUAGCUGUGAUGCUACAGGUAUGUGUACAGAUUAG